UUUGUGGUCUCCCCCGCGUCUCUGCCUUCCUCCAGGUUCCUGGUUGCGUUGUGGGAGCCUGAGCGGAAGCAGAUGUGGAGGAGCCCAUAGAAGUGGAGCGCGGUUGGAAGUUGUCUGAGUGGGGUUGUUGUUUCGAGAAGGUGAGGCCCGUGUAAAGAAAGGGCUCGCUGUGAAUCUUGUGCGAGGUGGGUUUUGCUGGACGUUGGAUGCAACGGCAUCGCUUAUGAAUCUAUCGUUAGCGUUGGGUCUGGAGACGAGCCAGAGCGGUUUGUGAGGUGUGGGAGAUUUGUGGAGAUUUGCGGGGGAAGAGGGAGAGGGAGUGCAGAGAGGUCGACCGUAUCAGCGGGAGGUGAGGAGGGAGAGGGCAGGACGUAAGCGGGGAGGAUGACGGUGGCGGAGCCCGACCCCGUUAUGGAGAAUGAGGAGGGGUUUGAGGUGCCCUACCAUGUGGCAAUCACAACCUACUUUUCGUACGGCAUUCUUUUCAUCAUCGGAACCUUGCGCGACUUCUAUCGGAACAUAAUGAGAUCAGGAAAGAAGGUUGCGAAGGGUUAUGCACCACUCUGCCGGGAUUUUGAGGAUUUCUACACGCGUAGGCUUUACAACCGCAUUCAGGACUGUUUCAAUCGACCAAUUGCCAGUGCACCUACCAAUUGGGUUGACGUUAUCGAGCGUGUAUCCUAUGACAGCAACAAAACACUGCACCAAACAGAGAACGUAAGACGGUGCUUGAAUCUGGGGUCAUACAAUUAUCUAGGUUUUGCGUCUCACGACGAGUACUGCACACCCCGUGUCCUCGAAUCAUUGAACAAGUAUGGUGCUAGCGCUUGCUCAGCUCGUGUGGAUGGUGGCACAACUCUUCUCCACAAUGAGCUUGAGGAGUUGGUUGCAAAGUACGUUGGAAAGCCUGCAGCUAUGGUGUAUGGGAUGGGAUAUGCAACCAACUCAACUACCCUACCUGCCCUCAUCGGCAAGGGCGGUCUCAUAAUUAGUGACGCUCUGAACCAUUCCUCCAUCGUAAAUGGCUCACGUGGCUCUGGUGCAAAAAUCAAGGUCUUCCAGCAUAAUACUCCAUCACAUUUAGAGCAAGUGCUUCGAGAAGCAAUUUCCCAAGGACAGGCCCGAACACAUAGGCCAUGGAAGAAAAUUAUUGUCGUUAUUGAAGGUAUUUACAGUAUGGAAGGCGAGUUGUGUCGGCUUAAGGACAUUGUGGAAGUAGCGAAGAAAUACAAGGCUUACAUAUAUCUCGAUGAAGCACACAGCAUUGGAGCAAUUGGGAAAACCGGAAAGGGCAUAUGUGAGCUGCAGGGUGUAGACCCGGCUAAUAUUGAUGUGAUGAUGGGCACUUUCACUAAGUCGUUCGGGUCUUGUGGCGGGUAUAUUGCAGGGUCUAAGGAGUUAAUACAAUACAUGAAGAGUGCUAGUCCUGCUCACAUGUACGCAACCUCAAUGUCAACACCAGCUGUGCAGCAGGUUAUUUCUGCUCUUGAAGUCAUCCUCGGGUUGGAUGGAAGCGAUCGCGGUGCAAAAAAACUUGCUCAGGUACGGGAGAACAGCAAUUACGUGCGAAUUGAGCUUCGUAAUAGGGGUUUUGAAGUCUUGGGUGACAUGGAUUCACCUGUCAUGCCUGUCAUGCUUUACAACCCUGGAAAGAUUCCAGCCUUCUCUCGGGAAUGCCUCAAGCGCAACGUGGCAGUUGUUGUGGUUGCUUUUCCAGCAACACCUUUGCUGCUGGCCAGAACACGAGUUUGCAUGUCUGCUUCUCACACACGAGAGGAUCUUGACCAAGCAGUAAAGGUCCUUUCUGAGGUGGGUGAGAUGUGUAAUAUCAAGUACUUCCCCCGCAAAGCAUCAGAGAACGAAAAGUAUUUCUGGUUCGAUCAGAAGAAGCUGGAGUAAGCACAUCCUGAGCAUUGAAGUCCGUACUGCCAUGUCAUUCCUACAGGUGGAAUGUAGGUCUUUGUCUACCCCUAAACUUUUUCAACCAUUUUUUUGAGUUGCUGGACCUAGACUUUUGGGAGUGCAGCAAGUCGCAGAGGCUGUCUCGCUGGAUUUGAGGCGAAUGUUCUCAAGUUUUGAUGUACAACAAAUUGAUGUAUCAUGGCAAAAUAUGCCAGCCGUCUCGUGCAUGCAACCCGGGACGGUAUCUUUCAGGUGCAGCUCUCCUUAGAAAUAGGAAAUAUUCUCUCUGCCUGGACCUGGAUUGUCGGACUCUCCAGCCGCAUUGGGUGGUGUCUUACCAUGUUCUUGAACGAACCGGCCUCUCCUGGACCCUCUACUGUCAAUUUAGUGGAAAAUGGUAUGAAAAUGAGAGUCGUUUAGUGUUCUUCAAAUGUGGGACCUGCUGGUUCUUUAAGAUGAAAUCAUGGAUUCAUGCAGUUUAGUCAUAUCUGCAUAGUGUUAUAAAGUCAUAAUAUCUCGGAUUUGUUUCAGGACUCUAUGAUGGCAACCAGCAGCGGAGAUGGGUUAGCCAGCAUUAGCAUCUGGUGGUUAUCUGAAGGGGUCUUGACAAUGUUUAGUCAGGGUUUUGUUAUAAUUAUGGAAUUUUCUCCAAGAUUUGUAAAUAUUAGAGAAGAUAACAGAGCUUCAGUUGGCACCAGUUAUCUGUUCUUAUCAUGA